UUUCACUGGUAUUUCCAGACUUGUAUAAAUGGGAACUUGCUAAAUGAAAUGUGGCCACACUGAGUACCGGAAGUGAGUCUUCUCGUUCCAGCCAGCUGAAAAAGCAACCAUUUCUCGUCCAUUCUGUUGGAGUCUAUCUCGGAUAUUACACGUGGAUUGUAAUCCGUGACUAACCAAAAAUGGGCAAGGAAAAGAUUCACAUUAACAUUGUCGUCAUUGGACACGUCGACUCCGGCAAGUCCACCACCACCGGUCACUUGAUCUACAAAUGCGGUGGUAUCGACAAACGUACCAUCGAGAAGUUCGAGAAGGAGGCCCAGGAAAUGGGUAAGGGUUCCUUCAAAUACGCCUGGGUAUUGGACAAACUGAAGGCUGAGCGUGAACGUGGUAUCACCAUCGAUAUUGCUCUGUGGAAGUUCGAAACCGCUAAAUACUAUGUCACCAUCAUUGACGCUCCCGGACACAGAGAUUUCAUCAAGAACAUGAUCACUGGAACUUCCCAGGCUGAUUGCGCCGUACUCAUUGUCGCCGCUGGUACCGGUGAGUUCGAGGCUGGUAUCUCGAAGAACGGACAGACCCGUGAGCACGCUCUGCUCGCUUUCACACUCGGUGUCAAGCAGCUGAUUGUGGGCGUCAACAAAAUGGACUCCACUGAGCCCCCAUACAGCGAAUCCCGUUUCGAGGAAAUCAAGAAGGAAGUGUCCUCCUACAUCAAGAAGAUCGGUUACAACCCAGCUGCUGUCGCUUUCGUACCCAUUUCUGGCUGGCACGGAGACAACAUGUUGGAGGCCUCAACCAAAAUGCCCUGGUUCAAGGGAUGGAACGUUGAGCGCAAGGAAGGCAAGGCUGAAGGUAAAUGCCUCAUUGAGGCCCUCGACGCCAUCCUGCCCCCUGCUCGCCCCACAGACAAGCCCCUGCGUCUUCCCCUCCAGGACGUAUACAAAAUCGGUGGUAUUGGUACGGUGCCCGUAGGCAGAGUUGAAACUGGUAUCCUCAAGCCUGGUACCAUCGUCGUCUUCGCCCCCGCCAACAUCACCACUGAAGUCAAGUCUGUGGAGAUGCACCACGAAGCUCUCCAAGAGGCCGUACCCGGUGACAACGUUGGUUUCAACGUAAAGAACGUCUCCGUCAAGGAGUUGCGUCGUGGUUACGUCGCUGGUGACUCCAAGAACAACCCACCCAAGGGCGCCGCCGACUUCACAGCACAGGUCAUCGUGCUCAACCACCCUGGUCAAAUCUCAAACGGAUACACACCUGUGUUGGAUUGCCACACAGCCCACAUUGCCUGCAAGUUCGCCGAAAUCAAAGAAAAGGUUGACCGUCGUACUGGUAAAUCCACCGAAGACAACCCUAAAUCCAUCAAAUCUGGAGAUGCCGCCAUCGUCAACUUGGUGCCCUCCAAGCCUCUGUGUGUUGAGUCCUUCCAGGAAUUCCCUCCCCUCGGUCGUUUCGCCGUGCGUGACAUGAGGCAGACGGUCGCUGUGGGUGUAAUCAAGGCUGUCAACUUCAAGGAAGCUGGUGGUGGUAAGGUCACCAAAGCCGCUGAGAAGGCCACCAAGGGCAAGAAGUAGCUAGCGCUGUUAACAGCACAAUUUUUCAUUCAACUGCGAUACUUCAUUCACCGCAAGGUGUUCCGAAGGAAAGAAGGGCUACAAACUCAUUCCUUUUCUAUAUUUUUUACAAGGCUUAUACUGUAACAUUAUUUUAUAAUUUAUAUAAGGUUAUAUCUGAACUAUUUUGUUAUAACUGCAAACUAAUGUGUAAAUUCAUAGAAUAAAGGUAGCCUCCAGUGAAAAGUA